UUUUCGCCUAUGUAUUUCCAUCCCCCAUUCCAAUUUGGCAGCCAGAGAUUUGCAUUCCCUUUUUUAAUUUCUCCACUUAUAUAAUACCAUAAUAAAUAAUAAUAAUCUUCCAUAUUCACUAUAAAGAAAUUAAAGAAGCAGCCGUCAGCCGAUACCGAUACAUAAAACGAUGUUGGAAGGGAAGGCCACCGUGAAAGAAACCGACAUGUCGGAAAAAAUGCAGAGUCACGCCAUGGCCUCUGCCUCUCACGCCCUUGAUCUCUUCGACGUCUCCGAUUCUCUCUCUCUUGCUGCCCAUAUCAAGAAGGAUUUUGAUCGGGCUUACGGAAGUGGUUGGCAAUGCGUAGUGGGUUCCAAUUUCGGCUGCUUCUUCACUCAUUCCAAGGGGAGUUUCAUCUAUUUUUCUCUUGAAACUCUCAAUUUUCUCAUCUUUAAAUCCCCUUCUAAUUAAGUUCUUCUUCAGGGGCACCCUCGUCUUUUCCCUCUUCUUCCCUAUUAUUUACAUCACUACAAACCCUAUUGUCACAUGUAUCUUCUAAUUUCCCUUAAUUAUUCUCAUUUCUUUCGUAAUUCUCUUCAUUAUUUGAGAUAUAUAUGCCCUUUUUCUUAA